AUGAGCAAGAACUGUAAAUCAGCCGAGAACACCGAUGAUGAUAGGACCCUUGCCGAAGACGAUCAAAACGAUCAAAACUCGGGAUCGAUGGAUCAUCGAUUCGAGAGAAUUACGGUGACACUGGAGAAAGUUGGCGGGAAGAAGUUCGGACUCGGCAUCGCGUCGGUUCAUCAACGUAUUUUGGUGUGCAAGGUGGAGAAUGACUCCCUGGUCAACGGUGUGCUCAGAUACGGAGAUCAAAUUCUAGAGAUUAACAAGAAGGAGGUUUUGACGAAAAUCGACUGUAAAAAGCGUCUGAUGUCAAGUCUGAAAGAGAAGGGAACCGUCGAAAUGUUGUUGUUGCGUCCGAAGACACCAGACGCCGUCACGAUGAUCGAACAGGAGAUUCAGAUGUCACAACAGCCGAGUAGCACUGCGCAAGCGAAGCAGAAUUGA